CGCCAUGGAUCCGGACAACAGCCCGCGGAAGAUCCAGUCCACCGUCCCGCUGCUGGAGCCGCACCUGGACCCCGAGGCGGCCGAGCAGAUUCGGAGGCGCCGCCCCACCCCUGCCACCCUUGUGCUGACCAGUGACCAGUCAUCCCCAGAGAUAGAUGAAGAUCGGAUCCCCAACCCACUUCUCAAGUCCACUCUGUCGAUGUCCCCAAGGCAACGGAAGAAGACCACACGGACCACACCCACAAUGAAAGAACUCCAGACAAUGGUUGAGCAUCACCUGGGGCAACAGAAGCAAGGAGAGGAGCCUGAGGGAGCUGCUGGAAGCACAGGGACUCGUGAGUCCUGCCCACCUGGGAUCCCAGACACAGGAGCAGCGUCAACGCUGGGCACCUCUGGGACAGCACAAAAGCCUGCAGAAGCCACCACCCCCAAGAUUUGGGAGUGCUGCACUGCGGAACCCAACUCAGAGGACCCUUCAUCCCAGAUGCCACCACUGGGUUCCCACGGAGCCAACUCGGUCUGA